AUGUGUAAAGUCUUCUUCCCACAAUACACAGGCUGUCCCAGCCACCACACGCACAAAGACGAAGUAAUCCUCUGCUUCUGCGAUAAACGCGGUUGCCCUGGCGUCACCAAACUCUUCGUUCCACUGACAGACCAUUGCGAGAUUUGUCUCGUGAAAUUUAAAACUCCAGGCGCUCCAAACAUAACGAAUCUAUUGGAGCCCAUGUUUUCGGGACGCCGACAGACUUUCCAGGAUCUCACACCUAGCAUGCGAAAAGCAUGUCAGGAUAUCAUGGCAAUUGCUCCGCAACCGCAUAAUGGCUCUGUGACGAAUUUUCUACUACGAGAUAAGAAGACAGGUGCGGCACAUACUUUCAAUGUUUUCACACCUUGGAUAGACACGAUUUCGGACUCCGACUUCAAAUUCCUACAUGAAUUAAAGGAGGCAUUAUCGUUGUAUUAUCUAGAGGCGAUGAAAUGUCCAACACUCGCUGGAUUCCUCAAUGGUGUGAGAGUGAACGGAUUGAAACAUGAGCAUAUUCAAGAUCCUCCAGCAAGGGUUCGAGAGGAGCGCAACAGUGUACUGCUUGCUCGACUUGCUCGUACCGUACCAGAAGUAACGGUAGGGGACGAGCUAGAAGAUCCGAAUUGCACGAUCUGUCGCGAGCCUCUUGGAAAGCCUGAGCCGGUGGUCAAAUUACCGUGUGGCCACCUGAUAGGAAAACACUGUCUAAAUGAGUGGAUCCGGAAAUGGGAUCGUGACAGCGCAUUGAGAGUUUGUACGCUCUGUAAUGAAGGAGUUGGCUUGACUGAGUUAGGCGACGAGCCCGUAGGCGACACGCUUGCUGGUUUUGAGCCUGCACUACCAGGAACCGAACCUGACAGCUGGCAAUUUAAGAAAAUGAUCGAAAAGGCAGUUGAGGAGGCUUGUAAAAGGGACGUCGAGCCCGUGCCGGGUCCUUGGUGGAUGACAGCGUUGAAAAGUGCCGUCUCGUGA